CCGAGCACUCCACUCGCAAUUACCACUGAUAACAAUGAUAACGCUAUCACUCGACAUCACAUUACGCUCUUAGCUAAUCAUAUCGGUCAAUUUUGAAAAAGUAAUGAUAGCAAUAAUAUAAACGAUGUUAUUAUUAAAUAUAUUGAAAAACAAAAUAAUUUAAAAAUUCAAUAAUUAAAUCUGUGAAGUGCGUGAAGUAAAUAAAGAAAUAAUAAGUGUUAAAAUGGAAGAUGUAACUAAGAAUGAUACGGAAUACGAAAAAAUCAACCAAUUGUACGAUGAGUGUCUUAAUUAUUUAAAAACUGUCAAAAAUCAUGAAGAUCCAUUAACGAAUGAAGAGAAUCCUGAAUACGCAACUAUACAAGAAGUUAAUAAAGAAACAGAUAAUCAAAUAUACAGUGUACCAAAUAAAGUUAAAACAUCCGUCGAGUUGAAGAUCGAAAAUGAAUUGGUAUCAAAUGAAAGUCUGAGUUCUAGUUAUAAGUCUGAGAGAUUGAGGCGUCUAUCACAACAGCUACCGAAAAUUAUAAUUACUCAAAGUAAUACAAGCUUGAAUGUUCAGAAUGAUAAACCACUAGAUGUAAAUAAAUCAAUAAAUCAGAAUCAUGUUGCUUACCCUCAGAAGAGUACUGUUAAGAGAGUUGAUGUUAAAAGAAUGGAGCCCGCGCUGCGGUACCGAGCGCACAGCGACUUACCCAAGCGUCUGAUAACGAAGGGUGGCGUCGAGAACGUUGCCCUGAUAUCGAAUGUGCCUUUUGAGAAUAUUCGCUUGUUGAACGACACUUUCCAUACUUUGAUAAAUCUCCGAUGGCGCUGGAUCGUCAUUGGUACUGUUGUGAUCCACUUUGCGAUCUGGCUCGUUUUUGCUGUGUUCUGGUACAUCAGUGCGCUGGCUCACUACGACUUCGAACCUGAACCCCCUCAAAGAGCUUGCGUCACCGGUGGAAAGGACUUCGUCACUAUAUUUCUGGCUUCUGUUGAAGCACAGACAACGAUCGGGUUCGGGGACCGCGCUAUUGACGAAGAAUGUCCCGAAUCAAUAUUUCUGUUCAUUAUGCAGUUAAUACUCGGCACCGGUAUGUCUGGUGUUUUGACAUGCGUCGUGUACGCCAAACUAACGAGACCUGAGAAAUUGUCACGAGAUGGCGUUGGCUUCAGUAAGAAAGCUGUGAUAUGCAUGCGAGAUGGGCGGCUUUGUCUCAUGAUACGUGCUUGGGAUCUCAACUAUGACCACAUCAUCAGUUCCGAAUUUACAGCACACUUUAUUAAUACUCGUAGAACCAAAGAAGGAGAAGUGAUCCGUUACUACUCGCAGAGUUUGAAUCUUCAACAACGACAGUUCCUACUGUGGCCUGUUACCCUGGUACAUGAGAUAGACGAGUCGAGCCCGUUCUACAGAUUUACACCGAAGGAUUAUACUGAACAUAGCUACGAGAUAACAGUGUGCCUCAAAGGCGCUUCUGCGUCGAUGGGCACCUUCACACAGAGCCAGACGUCCUACCUGCCCAGAGAAGUGGUGUGGGGCCAUCGCUUUCCCCCUGUUGUCAAGUACGAUGUUCACAAACAGAAAUACGUGAUAGAACAAUCAAAGCUGGACACCAUCGAACAAGUACUCACUCCAUAUUGCAGUGCCUACCACUUGUAUAGCACAUCCAGUCCAGCUUCAGAAAAGACAGAACCGCCCGGAAGUCCUGGAAGCUUCCAGGAGAAGGUAUCGACCUUCCAUCCCAAAAGAAUAUCGUCGUUCAGAAGAAAAGGCGCGAAGACAUAAAACAUUUGUGUGAUUAAAUCAUAACUACUGUUAUACUUUUCAUAUCAUCAUUAAAAUUACUAUGUACUGUAAUGGA